CGGCUACUCCGCUCUGCUUCUCUACCAAGUAAAGCGAGUUCCUCCAAUUCAUGGUGGGAACAAUCGAGCUGCAGCUCUUUCUCCUACCUAGACAUUCUAAAUCAAGGGCGGAUUGGCCAUUUUCCGCCACCAGAUUCAAGAAUAGGAAUAGGAGCAAGUGGUGGUGGUGUGUUGGAAGUAGAAGCGCAGGCGAUGGCGAUGAUAAUUCAAAUUCAAAUGGGAGCACAAGCACAAGGCUUAUUAGGAGUAUCCAAGGUCUCCAGUUGAAGCUAAUUGCAAGACUAAAGGAGCUAAGCAAUAAGCUGCCUGCCAAAGUUUUCUCUUUCUUGGCGGGCUUCUACUGUUCCACCGCAUUUGCGAGUGUGAUAGGGCAAACCGGCGAUUGGGAUGUGUUAUCAGCUGCUUUGGCUGUUGCUCUAGUCGAGGCUAUGUACAAGUACAAGCCUAAGAGGAACUUCAUCGUCAUACUCAAUUAUUGCAAGGCUGGCCUUUCACUUGGCCUUUUCCUCGAUUCAUUCAAGUAUUGAGGGUUGGUUUGCUUCUCUCUUUCCUCUUUUCCAUAUUCACUUCUUAACCCCACAAUCUCAUUCCAAGAUAAACCAGUUACACUACUUCCCAUUCCCUUCACUUCAUUGCAACUUCCUUCCUCAUAAAACAAUUCUUGCUCUGCUUCUUUCCAUGUAGAUGAUGUAGAACCAAUUUCUUGUUGGCUAGAUGGAUAUAUUUGCUUUGAUUAAGCUUUUCUUGCUGCAGAGCUCUAGGAUCAAAUUUCUUAUGGCUAUCUCAUCUCACCAUUGAUGAUACUCAUAUCAUCAAGGCGAAGAAAAUUGUGUUAUAAGAAUAGAGAUGCUCCGGAGAUGUUAUUUGUGCAAGAGUUCAUCUGCGGGGAGCUCAUGAACUACUGAUUUCUCUAGAUGGUGUCAAGCUAGACUAGAUAGAUGCUAACUGGAGGCAUUGAGGCAGAAACCGUGAUGUGCUUGUAAUGAUGCUAUGAGGAAAGAGUUUUCAACCAACAAAGAAAAGUUAUGAUGUCCAGAUUCCAUUGCCCAACAUUCCAUACUACUUUUAUUAUCUGGAGCAAGAAAAGCAGAUGAUGAUUGUUUAUUUUAUUUACUCAACAGAAUUACCACAUAUGUUGAGCCAAAUCAUUCAAUGUAAAGAGAAGAGAGUUUUAUCUCAGACAACCAUCUUAAACUUGAUCAUUAUUGAACUA